CCAUAACGGCUAGGCUUACUAACUGGGUUAAUACAGAUGAUUACAUCAUAAACAUUGCGCGUGCAGACACCAGGCACUAGAACGCAUGCAGUGACCGGUUGCGCAAUUGAGAGUGAGAAACUGGGUUAGAACAAACGGAGGAGCUGAAGAAGGAAGGGAUGAACAAUGGUUUACCUCGUCUGUAGACACUAUCAGCCUCAAACUAAUGUAGACACGCACAGAGGGGAGGAAAGAAAGGGGUGAAUGAGGAAGAGAGAGGAGAGAAUGGCACAGUCACAUAGAGACAGUGGUGAACAAUCGGUGGACGAAGCCUAGCUAAAGAAACAGGAGAGGACAGGAGGUCGGAUAAAAGGGAUAAACUAUGUUCUUUUUUAUUUAAAGAUGGGGAGUGAAAGAGGGAGUGUUCGCCCUCGGCGUCAUAACGCAUCCAUAGAUUAGCCCAAACCAAACGCUCCACCGCCCGUCCAUGGCGUAAAGACUGGGGUACAUAAAUAUAUCUGAAAUAAUUAAAUAAUUCGCUGUGGCGAGAAGAGCGUCAGCCGCAGUGUGUCUCUCCUUGCACCACGUAAGCGCAGCCGAAACAGAGACGAGGACAGGGAGGACGGAGAGAGAGAACAAGCCAUCCCUUUCCUAGCCGAACCAAGGAGAGAGGAAACGCGACAGACAGACAACAAUGGGAAUAUAGGUCUAUAUACCUAAACCAUCUGUGAGCAACCAGCACAGCUGAGGUUUUUGUGGUGUUUUUAGCGGUUAGCUAUAAAGGAGACCGGGGAUUCGGUGUUGCAGCGGCCGCGCUGAAGAACCGCACAUGUCAACACGUUCAAUCUCCAUCCCGGCCCUGCGCGGAUCGCAGAUCCGUCUAACGGCAACGCCAGGCAGGUUACCGAAUAACGGAACCGUUAACGGAACCGGGGAACAGUGAUGAGAAGGACUCGGAUCAAUGGUUUUAUGAUAUGAGCCUUUAUAAACGAAUCAAUUAAUGAAUUACUUAUCAUCGAUGAGAAAGGACCAAUCAAACAACUGAUUUUAUGGAUUCAUGUUGACAUUUUCGGAAUGAUCCCUAUAACCUGCUUUAUCGGUGUGAUGUGCUUUAUCUAAGGAUCUAUAGGCUAUGGGCUAUAUUCAUGACAGAAAUAUAUACAUAAAUACCACAUUUAGGCUGAUGACUUAGUAGUAGUCUUAACAACCCAUGCGUUUCUUCCUAUCUCUAUCGAUAGAUACAUGGACAAUUAGGCCUACCGUUAGAUCUAUGCGUUUUGUCUUUGCAUACAAAUAUGUUUCGGUUAAUUUAAAAAAUAGUGAAGCAACCGUUUUUUCCUCCCUCUGUUGUAUUGAGACGUUAGGCAGCAGGCAGGCAGGCAGGCAGUCACAAGCAACACACACACCAUCCGUCCCUCUGUGGACUGCACCUCUCCAUCUAUAUCCCUCCCUCCUAUAUCCCCCUCCUCUAAUCCUCCCCAUCCCUCUGUUCCAUUCCCAGAUUAUCCAUUUUUAUUAAUUUGUUAACGUAUUAGCUCUUUUAAGGAUUAAAAACUGUUCAACCUAUCUCAAUCCUAUACGCCUCGCCUUCACUAACAUAUCAUCGGCACAUCCAGACACAGACACACAAACUUGACAUACACACCGGACAGCUCGCCAAUACAACACAGCAGCGAUGGAGACAACUAAACUGCCCCCGACCAGCCCGUCCUCCCCGACCACCGGGUUCUCGGUACCGUCAGCGGAGAAGGUGGAUGGGUUUCCCCGGCGCUCGAUGCGUAGAGCCCGGCAGAGGCGCUCCCACUCCUCGUCCCAGUUCCGCUACCAGAGCUCCCAGGUCGAGCUAACGCCACUGCCGCUGCUCAAAGAUGCCCCUGUGGCAGAGCUCCAUGACCUGUUCUGUAAGAAGCUGCAGCAGUGCUGCGUCCUCUUUGACUUCCUGGACUGUGUGGCUGACCUGAAGGGAAAAGAGAUCAAACGAGCUGCGCUCAACGAACUGGUGGAGUCUGUUGCUACAAGCAGAGGAGUUCUGAUAGAGCCACUCUACCCAGAGGCUAUUAAGAUGAUCUCAGUGAAUAUCUUCAGGACAUUACCUCCCAGUGAGAACCCAGAGUUUGACCCGGAGGAGGAUGAACCCACUCUAGAGGCCUCCUGGCCACACCUGCAGCUGGUGUAUGAAUUCUUUCUGCGUUUCCUGGAGAGCCCAGACUUCCAGCCCUCCAUGGCCAAACGCUACGUUGACCAGAAGUUUGUUCUUCAGCUGUUGGAAUUGUUUGACAGUGAGGAUCCGAGGGAGAGAGAGUACCUAAAGACCAUCCUGCAUCGUGUCUACGGCAAACUGCUCGGCCUGCGGGCAUACAUACGCAAACAGAUCAACAAUAUCUUCCUCAGGUUUAUCUAUGAGACCGAGCACUUCAACGGUGUGGCAGAGCUACUGGAGAUCCUGGGCAGCAUUAUAAACGGGUUUGCUCUGCCCUUGAAGUCGGAACACAAGCAGUUCCUGGUUCGAGUCCUGAUACCUCUACACACAGCCAAGUCUCUGUCCAUCUUCCAUGCACAGCUGGCGUACUGUGUGGUCCAGUUUAUGGAGAAAGAUUCUACUGUCACAGAAUAUAUCAUACGAGGGCUCCUCAAAUACUGGCCCAAAACCUGCACCCAGAAAGAGGUGAUGUUCCUAGGGGAGAUAGAGGAGAUACUGGAUGUGAUCGAGCCAUCUCAGUUCAUCCGUGUUCAGGAGCCUCUCUUCAAACAGAUUGCUGCCUGCAUCUCCAGCCCACACUUCCAGGUAGCAGAGAGGGCAUUGUACUUCUGGAACAACGAGUACAUCCUGUCUCUGAUAGAGGAGAACUGUCAGGUGAUUCUACCGCUGGUCUUCGCCACACUCUACAGAGUGUCCAAGGAGCACUGGAACCAGACUAUAGUCUCUCUGAUCUACAACGUUCUGAAGACCUUUAUGGAGAUGAACAGCAAGCUGUUUGAUGACCUCACUGCCUCUUACAAAGUGGAAAAACAGAAGGAGUUGAAGAGGGAGUGUGAGCGUGCAGAGCUGUGGCGGGGGCUGGAUGAGCAGCAGGAGAGGAGACUGCAGAUCCUGGGGGAGGCCAGUCGCAAUCAGAAGAACCUCCAGGAGAGAGGGGAGCCUCCUCAGCCCACCUCCACACAGACGGCAUUCCCUGAGCAGCCAAACCCAGAGCUCAGCGGAGCCUCUUCUAACACCUAGAACCAGACAGCGGAGGAUCAGUACCAGGAUACAUAGAGUAGUUAGAGGACAUACAGAGACAGUAUGCACAUAGCCAAACACACACAUGUACACACAAUGGAGCAGACGCACACGCUCAAACACACACACACUGACAACGUACACAUAAACACAUACAGAGUCGCACACAGGCAUAUACUGUUUACACACACACUCUUGCAGAAUGUAAACAAAAGAUGAAUCAACUCAAACACAUAGACUACAUUGAAGUGCAAACACAGCCCUCUACAUACUCACUGGAAGACUACCCACACAAACUGCCCAUAUUUCUCUCUCACACACUCAUACACACACAUACUCACACUCACACACACAGGUACUGGUUCUAGCUGUCUAGGUUUUGACGUGUAACCGUUUUCCCGGUUCUCCGACAAAGGACUUUAUACCGUCCCAAAAGAUACAGAGGAAUGAUGACGUGAAUGCUACAUAAUAUUGUUGCUUCUUCUUCUAUUCUUCUCUACUGUACUACUACUACUACUACUACUGAUGUUUUUUUUAUAUAUAUAUAUAUAUAUAUAUAUGUCUGAAUAUUAUGAUUAUUAUAGUGUUGGUGGGAGAAUCUUUAGUGUAGAACUCCUAAAGCUUUAGCAUAACUUGAGCAUGGUCCAAAUCACACCCUAUUCGCGACAGAGCGAGUGCACUAUUGGCCAAAUGUAGUACACUAUAUGGGGCCUAAAUCCCCAUAUUGUAGUGCAAUACUACUGACCAAAAGCAGUGCACUAUAAUGGGGAAAGGGGCAACUUCCCAAAUGGCACCCUAUUCCCUACAUAGUGCACUACUUUUGACAAGCUCCCUAUGAUUUUGGGCGACUCCUAAUCUCCUAAACUAAAACAAUGUUCUGAUAUGUCAUUAUUCUUGUCCAUUCAUAAUUGGGCACAGAGAGAAGGAAGAGAGUCAGAAAACCACGUUUUUCUAGUAAUAUUCUAAUUUGUUUUGGAUAAUGUGUGUAUUGGGGUUGUGUCCUAAAUGGCACCAUUUUCCCUAUAAAGUGGACUACUUUUGACCAGGGCCCAUAGAGCUCUGGUCAACAGUAGUACACUAUAUGGGGAAUAGGGUGCCAUUUGGGAUGUGACCUCAGUCUACCAUCUGUGGGCUCAGUCUACUAGUCCUUGAUAUCACACUGUCUUACUGUUCUUCUGUGCAUCUUAUUAUGAUUCAUUCGUUUGAUGAAAUUAUUUUGAAUUUGUUUUAAUAUUUUUAUGUUUUUGUGUGUUCAUUUUGGGGAUAUCUGAUAUUUAUGAUAUUUUUUUAUUUGAUCUCUGGAAUUGUGACCUUAUUGCAGGAAGUUGGCAAAGAUGAGACGUGUUUGUGUGUGUAUGUGUGUGUGUGAGAGCGAUGGAGAGGUCAUGGAAGUGUGUGUGUGUGUGUGUGUAUGCGUGUAUGCGUAUGUGUUCAUGUGUGUAAGAUGCAGAGGUGAUAGAAGUGUGUGUGUGAGAGAAUUCAGUAUGAGUGUAACAGUGACAGGAGAUGUGUAUAGACAGAGUGAUAGAGGGAGAGAAGUGGCAUCGAUCCCUCUUUCUCUCUUCUCUCCCUUUCCUUUCGUAGAAACAGGAUUUGAAUCAGAAUGUUACACUUUUGAUUGAUUGUGAAUCUAGAGGUUUUUCUUGCGUCUUGUUAUACCAAGACAACCAGACCAGCAGCCUUCAACACUCCUUUAACAGUUUUUAGUUUCAACAAAACAAAAAAGGACAUAAAGAAACAAACCUCACUAUCGUUAAAACACUUCCUGAAUUUUGUAAGUUACCCAUAAUUCCCCCAUUUGUCAGUCAGUUCGCUGGGAAAAUAAUCUUCCCUUCCUACUAUUCUGUUCUAGAACAAGAAGAAUCCUUCCGGAAAUCGGGAAUGCUGGAAUUGGAACGCAAUUUAUCAACUGAAAGAAGAGGUUCCCGUCAGUAGAAUUAUAGAACAGCAAUAAUAAUGGAAUUGAAUAUGUACGCAUAAGUAGCAUUGCUAAACUACAAUUGCAGUGUACUCCUGGUCUGGUUUGUAGGCUAUCCGUGCUCAGAAACAUAGAAACGAUUGAGGAUGACAAUGUAUUUUUUUUCCCGGGGACCAACAGCUGGGUAGAUGAAUGUACAGUCAAGUUAAACCGGGAUUGUAGAAAGGAAAAGAUGAUGUGUUAAAUUAACUUCACUUUGAGAAAACAA